GCAAUAUUCAUAUAUGGCUGUAUAAUCGCCAAUAUUUUGUCAUAGCUUAGAACUUACAGCAUUUCUGAUCAAUGAUGAAAAUGGUGGUGUCUAGUAUUACUACCACGAUGUUGAUCUUCGCCCUAUGGGUAAUUGUUUUACACGGAGUUGAAGUUGAUGUCGAAAUUACAUGUAAUAAACCGUGUCUACACGGUGGUGAGUGUGUGUUAUCACCUGAUCUGUGUUCCGGCUUUAAACAAACAUGUGCCUGUCCACUAUCUUAUACUGGGGAAUUCUGUGAAAAGGUCGUACUCAGAGUAAAUUGUGAUAAAGAUUGUCAGAAUGGCGGUCAGUGUGUAGUCAAGGUAACGGAAAAUACCUGUACAACUGUCAACAAAACCUGUUUCUGCCCACAAAACUAUCUUGGAGAUUUGUGUCAAACAUUUGUUCCUUCUACGGCGUCAUGUGACCCUCCCUGUACAGCUGGUCAUGGCGAAUGUGUUGUCCUACGAAAUUCAGAGUUAGCACCUCACUUGACAGAUCGAGCCUACUGCAACUGUACAACGUCAGGAACAGGAUAUUACUAUGGGAAGCAAUGUCAACAUCAUCAACACAAUGUACCCUGUGACCCAACAUGUAAAAAUGGCGGUGAGUGUACUGUUACUGGUAGGUGUAAUUGUCAAGGAACUUCUAGAGGUUACGAUCCAGGAGACUGUAGCAUGUUUUCCACAGAUCCAUGUAAUCCUGCCUGUGAUAAUGGUGGAUCCUGUCUGGGUGGUGCCUGUCAAUGUAAAUCCACGAACGAAUGGGAUUACAGCGGUUCGCAUUGUGAACAGGCUGUUCAAUGUAUCCCAGCUUGUGUUGAUGGAGAGUGUCGUAGCUUUGGUUAUAACUCUACUUAUUGCAGCUGUAAUUCAAAUUCAACAGGAAGAUAUGAAGGACCGACUUGUGAUACCUUUACACCUUAUAAUCAAUGUACCCCGGCCUGUGUUCAUGGAGUGUGUAACUAUGGUUAUUGCAGUUGUUAUUCAAAUUCAACAGGGAUAUAUGAAGGACGGGCUUGUGACACAUUUACAGCCAAGACGUGUAGUGAAUCUUGUGAAAAUGGCGGCACGUGUGGAUACAGAAAUGAGUGCUACUGUAAAUCAAAUGCAACACAUUAUACCUCGGGACCGACUUGUUCACAGGUGCAAGAAUGUAUCGGUGGUUGUUUAAAUGGGGGUGUUUGUGUAAAUGGAAGUACUUGUUUCUGUACCCAAGAAUACACUGGAGCAAACUGUGAAACAUACAUAGAGUGUCCUUGUCAGAAUAAUGGAACGUGUAUUGGCGGCCAUUACUGUCUUUGUACAUCAAACAACACGGGGAAUUACUAUGGACAACUAUGUGACCAAUUCGAAUUUACACCGCCAUGUUACCCGUCAGUUCUCAAUGGUGGAUUGUGUUUUUAUCAAAGUUCUACUUGUCCAUAUGACGACAUAGGUUAUUUCCAUGGUGACCAAUGUGAACAGUACAGUACACACAAUUGCAGCAGUAUUUGUGUAGAGCCCUACGUGUGUGUAGGGCCGUAUUGUGGGUGUCCAUACAAUCUAGCAGAGGGUUAUACAUAUUUUGGCGACGGAGACGAAGCAUGCAGUCUUAAAUAUUACAUAUGGUAUGAAAUCUAAACUAAAAAACGAGAAAUUCGUUGAGUUUUCAAAAUAAAUAUUAAUUGACCAAACAA